GAACCAGAAAAACCCGAUUGGAGAUCCCUGUCCGGAAUUGUCAGUCUAGCUUCAGCUGCCGGUAGCAAAGCCUGUGGGGAGAAUUAAAACUAAACCUCGUUUUUUUUGAAAAUGUCGUCUCCGUGUGGCAAGUGCAACAACUGUCCCUGCGGCACCAGUGGCGGAGCACCGCCCCCACAGCAGCCGCCCAACCGCCCGCCCCCGUCGUCCGCCUACCAGCCGCAGCAACAACAACAGCAGCAGCCGGACAGCUGUCCGUAUCCGCAGGCCCAUGGUCAGGGUCAGGGGGCAGGAGGGUGCCAGGUGAACUCGAACCAGCCGCCGGGUGACCCCGCAGCAUGUAGCGUGUACCAGAACCGAGGCGGGCCGACCGUGGAGUGCACCUGCACCCAGAACCGGAGCCGCGGCCCUCAGCCCACGCCGCAGGCGGACCACAUAACCUGCGGCCGAGGUCCUCGGGAGCAGCCGCCCGCCAUGGAGACCCGCUGCACGUGCCGCGAGAAGCCGCCAAAGGCGGAGUGCUACUGCGCCCCGCCCGUGGCCCCGCCCCCCAACCAGCAGGCGACCGCCCAGCCCACCCACGCCCACGUGACCUGUGGCCAGAGCGUGCCCAGGGGUCCGCAACCGUAUCGGAACCACCACGCUGGCAACCAUCCGAACAGCUGCGGCCACUGCCGGUCGCAGAAGAAGCAGAAGAAGUGCCUCAUCCAGUAAGCGGGACGAGCACGAGGAGCACAGAUCCCAGCAGGCGCUACCGAGCAGGCUACACAGAUUCAAGCACUCACGACAUGACAGUUCCAGAUAGUUCCUAAAAUUCGGACUUGCAAAAUUUCCAGUUUUGAUCUGCUUUCGGGGCCAAU